UCGAAUUCCACCUCGUCUAAUGAGCAGACAAAUUAUGAGGUAAAACCCUAACACAUUGAACUCCACGGCGAAACGCCGAAAUCCUCCUACAUACCUUGUCCGAAGCCAAUAGGCUAGCCAUUCCCUCACCGGAGCCACCGUCGGCACCGCCUUAACCUAACAUGGCUUCUCCUCUGAGAAAGUUCUUGCUUAAAAGUUCUUCCGGGGAUGUCAUCGUCCGGCGUGAAAUGAGGAGAGCCAAAUCCGACUCUACCACCAAAAUGCAGAUAAUGAUUCGAUCGUUCGAAUCAAUUGACAAAAACCUUCAUUGGGAGCUUCCACCUGACACACGUAAGAUCGGCUUGCCGUCGACACGAUCCUUGUUCACUGUGUUAAAAUCACCUCAUGUUCAUAAAAAAGCAAGAGAACAAUUUCAAAUGAAAAUCAACAAGGAAAUGCUGGUUAUGGAAACUAAAAGGCAUGAAUUACGCAAGAAAUUAUUCUGGUUAAAAAGGCAGCGGAUCUUUGGAGCUCAAUUUGAAAUCCUAUUUUCUUUCAAGACUCGAUUGGAUAAAGCACAGCUUCAGGAAGUUCUUCAGCCUGGAGCGAAGGAUGUUUCUAAAUACAACAAACUUGAAGAACGUUCUGUGAUGAAGGCACUUAGUUCUUUGGCACAUGAUGGGUUCUAUUCAGAUGCUGUGGAGGCUUCAUUGAACUCAGUUGAAUCUUCUCUUCCAGCAAACAACACCACAGCGUUUCCUCAAGGGCUUGCGCUGAUGCUUCGUUCUGUUCCCAUGGAACUUCUGAAAGCUAGAGUGGACAAGGAAGGAUCAAGAUCUGUAUCUACUCAAUUGAUAGAAAAAUUCAUUUUAAAUAAUCCUCAUCGCCCAAAUGUCGAAGCUCAGCCUGAUCCAGAGAAGGCUUCUCAACAUGAAUCAGUAGAGAGGUAUAAUUUAGAAAAACUCAAAGCAAGUAUGACUGAAGAAGAUCUUGCUGAAUUAGCUCGUGUGACAAGUGAGCUACAACUGAAACCUUCUGCACCUCUAAAAGCUGUUCCAAGAUUCUCUCUGAAGAACAUUUCUGAAAAACCUAUGCAAGUUCCAUUAGAGGUUGGAGAUAUCAAUGGGGUAAAAGUCUUGAAGCAUGACCUCAUCACAAAUGAUGUUCUGUAUGCUGAUGUAGCUUUUGAUAUGAGUUCAUUAAAGCCUGAACUUCUUCCCCUUGUUCCACUUUUCUGCCGGUCAUUACUUGAAAUGGGUACAAAAGACGUAAACGCCCUUCAGCUCAGUCAAUUGAUUGGAAGGGAGACAGGUGGAAUAUCAGUUUACCCUUUCACAUCAUCAAAACAAGGUUCAAAGGAUCCUGUUAGCCAUAUAAUUGUUCGAGGAAAAGCCAUGUCAGCAAACACAGAAGCUCUAUUUAACCUGAUGACAUGUGUUCUUCAAGAAGCCGAAUUUACAAAUCCAAAGCGUUUCAAACGGUUUGUCUCUGAAAGCAAAGCUAAAUUAGAGAAUCAUUUAAGGGAAGGUGGUCAUGGGCUUGCAGCUACAAGGAUGAAUGCAAAAUUAAACCCUGCAGGCUGGAUUGCUGAACAGAUGGGUGGUAUCAGUUAUCUGGAAUUCUUGAAAGAUCUUGAAGGAAAAAUUGAAGAGAAAUGGAGUGAAAUUUCAAUGUCCCUUGAAGAGAUUCGCCAAACCCUCCUUUCAAAAAAAGGCUGCAUUCUAAAUCUCACAUCUGAUGGAAAAAACCUUAAAAUUUCAGAAAAAUACAUAAGAAAAUUUCUCAAUUCUCUUCCAAGUAAUUCCUCAGUUACAUCAUCCAUUUCAAAUGCACAACUUCCAUCAAACAAUGAAGCAAUUAUAAUCCCUACUCAGGUGAAUUAUGUUGGAAAAGCAGCUAAUAUUUAUGAAAAUGGUUAUCAACGUAAUGGGAGUGCUUAUGUGAUAUCUAAAUACAUAAGUAAUACAUGGUUGUGGGACAAUAUUCGAGUUAAUGGAGGGGCAUUUGGUGGCUUUUGUGAUUUUGAUACUCGUUCAGGUGUUUUGUCAUUCCUAUCGUAUCGGGAUCCUAAUUUACUGAAGACACUAGAUGAUCUGGAUUCAUUCCAACUACCUGAUGCCAAAGGUUUUAGUAGUUUUUUGCGAUAUUUAUCGGGAAUUUCUGAAGAAGAUAGACAAGCAAGACGUGAAGAAAUAUUUUCAACAAGGUCAAGUGACUUCAAGGAAUUUGCGGAUAUAGUUGACACUGUUAAAGAUAAAGGAGUAAUUGUAGCGGUUGCUUCCCAAAGCUGAUGCUGACGUGGCAAACAAGGAACGUUCAAACCUUUUUGAAAUGAAGAAAGUCUUAUAAGGUUGUUCUUCCACACUUACCUUUUUUUCACUUCUAUAUUUGAAGAUUUAAUUACAUUGCUAUAAAAGAGAAAUUUGGAAAGGACAUUGCUAUUUCUUUUUUGUUUUGUACAUACAUGGGGUCUAUAUCGGUUUUGCCACACAAAAUAGACAAUUUUGUGAGAGAUGACUAUAAUGUUGUGUGUGGGAAUUUGAUAAAGUGAGGUUUAGUUAGAAUAAGUGGU